UACAGCACGACAUGAUUCAGUUACUUGCAGAACAAUUAGAGUUAGUGCCUGGAACACCCUUGUCCCAGAACAGCAACAAAAUUGAACCAAGCUGUCAGGUUCCAAAGGGAUGAAACCACAAAAGUUACUCUGAAACCACAAAAGUUACUCUGAAAUCAGAGGUAGCUGUGUGCAUCUCUCAUCUGAGCAAUGGAAGAAAAGCGCAUAGGAACAGGAAACAGCCUUUCCUACAUAGCAGAACAAUGACUCAGAGCAGCAUGGCCUGCCUUGAAGGCUUGUCAUGUGAAUAAGGAAUAUAGAGGAGGGUUUAAUGUUACAGGGAAGGAGCUCGGGCACUAAAGCCACAUGCUAGACCUGUGAAGAUGUGAGCUAUCUCAGGGAAAGUCUCCAGUGCAGUUGAAGUCUGGGGCCAGAGAUGAACACUUUGCUACCGUCCUUUAUGAACGUGGAGCUGCUGCUCUUUGCAGUGGCAUCUGCAAAGUUAUUCACUGAACCGCAGGAGGGCAGCCUUGCUGGAGGAACAUGGAUCACCCUGACAUUGGAUGGUCUGACAUCUCCCCAGUUACAGUUCAUGUACUCCACCAGUGGGUCUUUGCUAGAAGUGUCCCUAGUGAGUCCCAUUCUGCCUCCAGUACGGUGCGAUGUCCAUCCUGUAUAUUUCGAUGUAUCCAUCAUCAGAUGCAAAACGAGGCCCUCGCAGCAGGAGGGGCUGUACCAGCUGGAGGUGAUUGCCAAUGGGCAGGUGAUAAGCAACCUGGAUGGGAUGCCUUGUGACAACUGCACUUUCAAGUUUUCUGUUGCACAAACACCUAUGGUUUACCAAGUUAAUCCACCAUCUGGAGUCCCAGGAAACAUCAUACAAGUCUGCGGGCAGAUCAUUGCUGGCAGUUACGAAACCAUUGACUUUAAUGUUGACUAUAUUGAUGGCCCUGUUAUCCUCGAGGCGGAAGGAGAUGGAUGGAUCAGCCUCUGUUCUUUUGCCAACAAGCAAAAGAGAAGCAUCUAUCCCAUUCAGAUGGAUCAUGGAACAGGGACCUUACAGUGCCGUGUAGAAGGCAGCUAUAUCGGUUCGCAGAACGUUAGCUUUUCAGUGUUUAACAAAGGAAAGUCAAUGGUACACAAGGAUGCUUGGCUCAUCAGUGCCAAACAGGAGGUUUUCUUGUAUCAGACAUUCUCAGAUAUAGCAUCUGUGUUUCCUGUCUCGGGAAGCCUAGGAGGAGGAAGUGACCUCACGAUUACAGGAGACUUCUUUGACCAGCCUGUGCAGGUCACAGUUGCAGGUGUUCCCUGUGAAAUCAAGCACUGUUCUCCCCGGAAGAUUAGCUGCAUCACUGGACCCAUUGCUGAGAUCAGAAGACUUGCUGCACCCCAAGCAGGAAACAGAGGGCUUCUCUUUGAAGUCUGGGAUGAUGCAGCAGGCACUGAUCUCGCUGAAACAGCCCCUGGAUAUAGAUGGCAGAUUGUUCCUAAUGCCAGCUCUCCAGAAAGAUUUCUCUCUCAAGCACAGCAGUCAUUCAGCUCACGACUACGUGGAUUCUUUGUGGCACCACAGACAAAUAAUUACACCUUCUGGAUUCAGGCAGAUGGCAGAGCUUCCUUGCACCUAAGCCUGUCAGAAGACCCAGGAAGAAAGGUGAAAGUUGCCUUUAUUCCUGCUGGUGCUUCUGAAUGGUCUGAACACUGGGAGAAAAACUGGAGCAAGAGUUGGCAGCCAAAAUCCCAGAAAUUUGAGCUGAUGGGUGGCUCAAAGUACUACCUGGAGGCGCUCCAUCAUGGGAAGGCACCAAGCAGUGGGAUGCGAGUUGGGGUUCAGGUGCACAACACCUGGCUUAACCCUGAUGUGGUGAAUACAUAUCGCAGAGAGAGGCACGAAAUCCGGGCCAGUGCCCUCCGGCUUCCGGAGAUACAGAUGCUGACUUUAUCCGGCACAGGAUGGUUCCGUAUUUCCUGGGACAAUGUAUCCAGCAACAUGAUGGCAACAAAUGCUACAGCUGAUCAGGUCCAAACAGUGAUAGAGGAGCUUCUUUCAGUAAAAUGUGAAACUGAGCCAUUGUCUGCUAAAUUCCUUCUCCGGAAUGGAUUUGAGGAAGGCCAGAGAGACCCUGCCACUGAGGGACGUGUUGCCAGCUGGACAGAACCCUUUUGUGGAAGGUUCAGUAUUCACAGGCCAAAACAUCUUGUAAAAAUGUCUCCAUCAACCUUACCAAGAUACAACCUCACUGAGUACACGCAUGUAUGCUUUGCAUAUAAAGGUUAUGUGAGCGAUACCCUUUAUGUUUCGGUGUCCUAUAUCAACACCUUUCUAAAUACGGUGAAGAAGAAUCUUACUUGCCUGUGGAGUCUGAAUGAGACCAGCCCAGAAAGCUGGAAGUUCACAUGUGCUGAUCUCUGGAGGUGCUGUGUGAACGGCUCUGAAUCCCUCCGGGAUCUUGAAGCCAACUCAUCGGUGUUUGUGCAUCAGAUCGAUAUGCUGAUCCCUGAGAGAGAGGAGGAGACAUCUAGCUGGUUUUACCUUGAUGAAAUUAUUGUCUCGGAUAGAAACAUAGCUGUUUUUCAAAAGGAUUCCAGACCAGCUCGUCCAGGUGGAAAUGUUAUCCAAGAAGUGUCUGUGGUGGGGUCUCCCCCAACCUACAAUGUGUCCUUUCUGGUGGCUGGCUGUGGCAGCAAUCUCCCUCUUCUGUCACUGAGCAGGGGAGCUUUGCCCUCGCAGGGCUCAGAAGAGGAUCACCUGGCUGCGUUCAUGGAAGGUGCAAAUGUCAGCAUGACAGUUCAGAGAGUGCAAGCUGCAUCUCCACCCAUUGGUGGGACUUUUCGGAUCCUGCUCCCCAAUACAGUGAUAUCAGGUGUCCCGGUGCAUGUCUCCUCCCAUCACCUCCGUAAGCUCCUGCAAAGCAACUCAGAUAACUCCACAGGCCAGUACUUCAAUGCCAGUGAUUUCACUGUGACCAAGGAUGUGAGCACUUGUUACCAAGAUGUGUGGACACUGACCUGGAACUCCAUGACUGGUGACUUGCCCAUUGUUAUUGAUGUUUCUGCUGAAAACCUCACAGGACUUAACCCAACCAUUGCAGCUCGUGUGGUUUAUGAUGGCGGCGUAUUUAUUGGACCAAUAUUUGGGGAUAUGCUAGCUACGGCCAAUAACCACACGCAGGUGGUGGUGGUGGUGAACGACGUCCCAGCUAACUGCUCUGGUUCGUGUUCCUUUCAGUAUUCUCGGGAGGCAACCCCGUUAGUCAGCCACGUGGACUAUUCACUAGCUGAUGGACUCCACACCAGAGUUUAUAUCACAGGGUCUGGCUUUGCUGAGGACAGCCAAGCACUGCAGAUAGAGGUGAACCACACAACCUGCCAAGUAAUGACUUCAAAUCAAACGGCUGUAGUUUGCUGGAUGAACAUGUUACCAAUGGGACUGUACUAUGUUACAUUACUGGUGAGACCUUAUGGGUUUGCUCGCAAUGCCAGCGAAGGACAGGGCAUCUACCUGAGGGUUAAGCCAAGGCUGGAAGCUAUUGAACCUCCGACGGCUUCAGAGAUUGGAGGGUGCUCAGUGAUCCUCCGAGGGACUGGUUUUGACGGGAUAAGCCAGGUGUUGUUUGGAUCUCACCCUUGUCCAAUUAACACCAACGCCAGCAACUCAGUGAGGAUUGAAUGUGAAGUUCCUUCUCGGGGGGAUGAAGAAUGUGUUGUCCCUGUGACACUAACCGCUGGGUCCCAGUCUGCCACGUUCACUGAAGUGUUUAAGUACGAUCCUUCUUUAAAUCCAGCCAUUGUAUCGCUGAGCAGAAACAGAAGCAGCACAGCAGGGCCCCAGUCACUCCAGAUUGGAAUAUCUUCCUUCGCAAAUUGUACUGGCCUGGAUGUACAGGUCAAAAUUGAGGCCACUGUGGCACAGAUCCAAGCACGAACAGCCCAUGGCGUCGAUGUAGUACUGCCUGCCCUGGCAGAUGGAUGGUACAACCUUUCGGUCAUCAUCAAUGGCAUUGCAAUCGGCUCACAUGGAGUUGAUCCAUUCAUCCAGUACAGCACUGAGAUCCUCAGCAUAGAGCCCUGCUGUGGCUCCGUUCUGGGCGGAACAAUCCUCACAAUCUCUGGAAAAGGCUUUAGCCAAAACCCUUCCCUGGUUUCAGUCUUUAUCGGCACGCAGACCUGUGAUGUUACCCGCUCGAUGGAAGAGACAAUAUGGUGCCAGACCCCACCGGCUGCUGACUUCUCUAAUAUAGAGUUCCAGGACAUCUCUGUACUUGUGGGGGUGUUCUUUGGUAACAGAUCCUCUCCACUCCUUCCCUCCUGGAGCUUCCCAAAGAGGAAUAUCACCUUUACUUACCAGAUGGCUUUGACUCCCAUAGUUACCUCUAUGGAAGUAAAAAUGAUGAAUGACAGCCUGUGUCUGGGCAUAGAAGGAAUAAAUAUAACUGGUUCAGUGGCUAAGCUGGGAGACUCUGAAUGUGAGCCGGAGUUUCAAUGUGCCAAUGAAUCCACAACCCUUUCUCAAUGCUCCUUCCCACUGAGCACUCUGGAACCUGGGAUCUAUCCCAUCAGAUUUCUCCAGAAGCAGCUGGGCUAUGCCAAUGUGACGGCAGCACUGCAGAACUUUACAUUAGUCCCAGAGGUAAAGGCCAUAAUUCCCUCACAAGGUUCAGCUUGUGGUGGGCUGUUGCUCACUAUAUCCGGUCUUGGUCUAAAAUCCAGGAGGAAUUCAGUUCAUGUGAGCCUGACGGGUAACUAUACUUGUGAGAUCCGCAGUGUAGAUCACAACAGGAUCAGCUGCGCUCUUCUUCCAAGGGAACCUCCUCUGGGUGACUGGUGGUUGCCUGAUGCAUCUCAUGCCCUUAAUGUCACAGUGACGGUAAAUGGAAUCCAGAGUGUCUGCCUCUCAGACUGUGCACUCCACCUGCUGAAAGAGUGGACCCCUAGAGUGGAUGCUGUGGUCUGGGAGAUCAAUGGGACAUUGUCAUCUCUGCUGAUCAGAGGCCAGAGAUUAGCUUUGGCAGCUGAUGAACUUGUGAUACAAGUGGACAACCAUGACCCUUGCAACGUAACUUUCUGGAAUGAGACCAGCAUACAAUGCCAGACAGGCAGCCUUUCCCCAGGGGAGCACAGCCUUUCUGUGUCCAACAGAAGAAGUGGGCAUGCUUGCUUCAGCAGGGACUCCCAUAUCUUCACCGUCAUUCCUUGUGUGCUCAAAUUUUACCCCAAAAAUUUCAGUACCAAUGGUGGGGGCCUUCUUGCCAUACAAGGGGCAGCACUGAAAGGAAGGAACAGCACUUCCAUUCUUGUUGGGAACCGACCCUGUCUCAUUACAGAUGUCAGCUAUGUGGUUCUCCGGUGCUCUGUUCCUCUGGGCAAUGGGAUCCAUGCUUUAACUCUAGAAAUAGAUGGCAUCUCGUACCACCUUGGUGAAAUAAGUUACAGUGAAGAGUUCACCCCCAUUUUCCUUUUCCUUCUGCCUCCGGUGGGCCUCCUUUUAACAAUGACCGUGUCACGGAUCACGGAGGUGGAAAGGAUGCACAUUUCCAUUGGGGACUCCCCCUGCACCAAUAUCACUGGCAAUCACACCACUUUACAGUGUUUGGCUCCCUGGCUUCCUGCUGGAGAAUACCGGGUCCUUGGUGGCGACUUCCUCCAAGGCUGGGCUUCGUCAAAUUUGACAUUCACCUCUCAGCUUACCAUCACAUCGACACGCAACAACUGGGGUGGCCUGGGUGGAGGGGAAGUGCACGUGCAUGGCACUGGGUUUGCUCCAGGAAACACCUCUGUGACCAUCUGUGGUGCUCCCUGUGAAAUGCUAGGUGACAUCACGACAACCGAUGUGAGCUGCCUGGCCCCACGCUUGGACGCGUCUUUGGCUGUUCUCUGUGGCCUGACCCAUCCUUCAGAAGACUGCAAAGGAGCUGGGACCACAUAUGUCCAGUGUGACGUCCAUAUCACCGCAGGAGCAUACAGCCUAGCAGGAGCCAGGCCUUACAUAUACCUGUGUGAUGACGACUCUCUGCUGGAUAGCAAGACAAAAGUCAACUCACCCCAGGCGCUUUUUGCUGGCCUCUUUUUCAGCCCUAAAGUGGAAAGAGAUGAAGUUCUCAUCUAUAAUAGCUCCUGUAACAUUACCAUGGAAACUGAGGCAGAGAUGGAGUGUGAGGGAGCUAAUCAGCCAAUUACCGCCAAGAUUACUGAGAUACGGAAAAACUGGGGCCAGAACACUCAGAGGUACCUUCCCCUCCAAUUCUGUGGCCGAUGGUCUAAGAACUCCAGCUGGCUUGAUGGGCACCUGCCACAAGAUGGCGCUAAUGUCACGGUAGAAAGAGGCCAGACGCUGCUGCUGGAUACCACCACUGGCAUCCUCAACUUGCUGCAUGUCAAAGGUGGCAAGCUCUUGUUGGCUGGCCCUGGACCCAUAGAAAUUCAUGCUCAUUAUAUUCUGGUAACCGAUGGCGGUGAAUUCCAGGUGGGAUCCCCAGAUAAACCUCUUCGUGGCAAAGCACACAUCCAUCUCUACGGAAGCUUUCAUUCUGCAACCUUCUUUCCAUAUGGGGCUAAAUUCCUGGCUGUGAGGAACGGGACCGUUUCCAUGCAUGGUUGGGUGCCACAAGUGGUGUCCACACACCUGAAGUCAGCAGCUUGCGUUAAUGACUCUAGGAUAUUCCUGGAGGAGCCUGUCGACUGGCAGCCUGGGGAUGAAGUUAUUGUGAGUGGAACUGGUCCUGGAGAUACGUAUCAACAAGAGGAAAUUGUCACAAUUGAGGCAGUGAACAACACUGAACUCUACCUUAGAUCACCUCUCAGGUUCCCCCACAGCUCUGGAGAAGAGUGGGUGCAUGGGCAGCGCUUUGCUCUGAAAGCUGUUGUGGCAUUGCUUAGCAGGAGAAUUGUUUUCCAAGGAAACCUCACCAGAGAGAGGAUGUCCCACCUAAAGGCGUGUGCUGAAGCAGGUGUGUCAAGAGAUGCCUCGGCAUGUCUGUACAAGAGGAGUGAGAGGAUGCUAGGAUCCCGGGAUUUGGGGGCCGUUAUUAUUGUGCAGGCUUUCCAGGGUGAGGACAGUCACAUCCAUUUGGAAGGCGUUCAAUUCCAGAACGUGGGCCAAGCGUUCCAGCAGCACCUGAGUGCACUGACCAUUGCCGGGGAUGCCCGUAUGACUGAUUCUUACAUUCGCGGUUGCUCUGUAUGGGAUUCCUUUGGUCGAGGACUCAGUCUGUCGAGGACCUCAGAGCUAAGAGUGGACAAUAAUGUUUUCUAUAACAUUUUUGGUCAUGGGAUUCUACUGGGAGAGUCCUUGGAACAGGGGAAUAGAGUCAGGCAUAACACAGUGAUUGGACUUUCUGGAACUGAUGGACUUUCCAACAUAGAAACAUUAUCACCAGCAGGGAUCUACAUCAGGGCUCCUGCUAACCAGAUAGAGGCGAAUACAGUGUGUGCUGCUGGUUACGGCUAUUUCUUUCAUCUCUCGCCUGAGGGGCCAUCACAAACUCCUCUUCUCACCUUCAGUAAGAACACAGCUCAUUCCUGCACAAGGUAUGGUCUCCUGGUGUAUCCAAAAUACCAGCCCAAAUGUGAAGAUGGCCUGGGCCCAGUUCUGUUCCAGAGCUUCACAGCCUGGAGAAAUCAAGGCGGGGCUCAGAUUUUUAGCAGCCGCAACCUGGAACUCCGAAAUUUCCAGAUCUAUGCUUGCAAAGAUUUUGGAAUAGACAUCGUAGAAAGCCUUGGAAACACCACUGUUGCUAAUAGUUUAUUACUUGGACACUUUGGUCAAAAGGACAGUAGCUGUAUGUCAUCAGGGCUGAAAACUCCCCAAAGGCAUGAACUGUUGGUUUCCAAUACAUCUUUCAUGAACUUUGAUAUUAGCACUUGCACUGCAAUCAGCACCUGUUCUGGCUGUUACCAAGGCCAGGGCGGAUUUACAGUGAAAGCUGAACGGUUGGCAUUCCUGAAUUCACCCAACCAGGCGUCAUUCCCGUUUCCCCAUUCGGCCAUCCUUGAAGAUCUGGAUGGCUCCCUCACAGAACAGGAAGGAAGUCAUCUUCUUGCUUCUCUGGACACACUUGGAGCUUCCUGCGUGGCCAGUGCUAACUUCAGUCAUGCUGCUAGGGGGAGUGUUUGUGGAAGGGACGUGAUUUUUCACCGUAUGUCUAUUGGUUUAAAAGAGGCUCCAGACUUUCCUUAUAAUCUAACUGUGACUGAUAGUAAUAAUAAGACAACCACAGUCCGUUACGUCUCUGAUACUUUAUCAAACCCCUAUGGUUGGAUGGCUCUGCUCUUGGACCAGGAGACUUACACUCUGACAUUUGGUAACCUUUUUGUGAGCAAACAACUGCAGUACUCGGCUACAUUCGAUAACUUCAUUGCUGGGAAUUACUUACUCGUAGAACAUGAGAACCUCCCAUCCUAUGUUGAGGUCAUGGUGUUCUGUGGGACAAGACCUGGUCAGCCACUCCAGUCACUUCCUUCACACGAUCAUGACAAGGGCUGUGACUGGUUUUUCAACAGCAAAUUGAGGAAGCUAACCUAUUUAGUUACAGGGGAAGAACUAGUCCAAGUAACACUCAAAGGAGAAGAAAGAAUCCCUCUACCUGCUCCAGCUCCAGUUUCUCCUCCUGACGACAUUUUGAAAUGGUCAUUUCCUGAAUCAUGGAGUGGAGUGAAAAAAGGCUGGGGUGGAUACAACCACAGCAUUCCCGCCCCUGGUGAGGAUGUCAUCAUCUUGCCUAACAGGACCAUCCUGGUGGAUACAAUGCUUCCUCCUCUGAGAAGUCUCUAUAUACUGGGGACUCUGGAAUUCCCAGUCAACUCCAGCAAUGUCCUUAGUGCCACCUGUAUAGUGGUUGCAGGUGGUGAACUGAAAGUGGGUACUUUUCAACAUCCUCUAGAAAGAGGAAUGAAGCUAUUGAUCCUUCUUCGGGCAUCCGAGGGAGUUUAUUGUGAUCGUUUGGAUGGAAUCAAUGUCCACCCAGGAACUAUUGGGGUUUAUGGGAAGGUGCAGAUUCAUAGUGCUUAUCCUAGGAAAUCCUGGACACAUCUUGGAAGUGACAUUGCACCUGGCAAUGAGAGGAUUUGGGUCGAGGAUGAAGUAGACUGGAGUCCUGGUGGAAACAUUGUCAUCAGUUCCUCCUCCUAUGACGCUCACCAAGCUGAGGUGGUCACACUUAAAGAAAUAAAUGGUCACAGCAUUAGAUUCCAGGAACGUCUCUUCCACAGGCAUAUUGGGCGUUCCCAUAGCAUAGAAGAUGGCAGACGUGUUCCGUUGGCCACUGAGGUUGGGCUCCUAACACGCAACAUACAGAUUAAGUCAGACACGGCUUGCUCUGGGAGGCUUCUGGUGGGACGCUUCAGAAAUACCAGUGGAACGGAAUUUGCAGGUGACCUUCGGCUCUCAAACAUUGAAAUUCUGAACUUUGGACCAUCACAGCUUCCUGCCAUUGGCUUCAGUAACAUAUCUUUGGGAUCCUCAAUUAUCUCUUCCAGCAUUCACCAUAGCUGUGGGGGUGGCAUUCAAGCAGUGACAAGCAGUGGAAUCUCAUUGCGUGACAACGUGGUGUUCAACACGGUUGGCCCUGGCAUUGACUUGGAAGGCCAAACUCAUUCUCUCAUCAGGAACCUUAUCAUUCUCAGCAAGCAGCCAGAGGGGUUACCAGACUGGGUUGCUGGUAUCAAAGUGAACAAAAUAGAUGACUGUUACCUGCUUGGCAAUGUCAUGGCAGGUUCGGAGCGUAUAGCCUUCCACAUCAGAGGUCAAGAAUGCUUCCUAGCUGGAGAGUAUUUUGCUGAAAAUGUGGCCCAUUCAAGCCUUCAUGGUGUUCAUUUAUACAGAGGGGAUGGGUUUCAAAACUGCACCAAAAUCACUGGUUUUCUGUCCUACAAGAAUUACGACUAUGGUGUCAUGUUUCAGCUUGAAAGCAGUGUAGUGAUGGACAAUAUGAUGCUAGUAGACAAUGCUGUGGGUGUUCUGCCAGUGGUGUACAGCCCAUCUGCUAAGCAGCAUCGUUUGGGGAAAAAAUACAUAGAACUUAGAAACUCUGUCAUUAUUGCAACAAGCUCAACUUUUGACUGCAUUAAAGACAGGAUCACGCCCCUUUCAGCUAACUUGACUUCCAGGGAUCGAGCUCCAUAUUCCCCUCAGAGAGGUCGCAUUGGGAUUCUGUGGCCUUCAUUUGCCUCUGAACCAAGCCAGUGGCCUAAUGAUCCAUGGCACAAAAUAAGAAAUUAUGCAGCAGUAUCAGGAAUCAUGAAGCUACAAGAAGUCACCUUUACUGGUUUUACGAAGAGUUGCUAUAGUGAUGACAGAGAUAUCUGCAUUAUGUCAAAUCCUGACAGCGUGGGCAUCAUGUACCCAAUCACAGCAGAGAUGACAAGGAUGUCACAUGUCCAUGAGCAGAAUAAAUUCUACUUUCAUACACUGGAAACAAGCAUCAAUGGAUCCAAGGACUUUGAAUAUUUUGAGAUGAGAUGUGAAGGCUCAAGAAAGGCUCUCUUCAAGGAUCUGGAUGGAAGUGCCCUGGGCCUACAACCACCUGUGUCAGUUUUCCCAAAGUCUAAAUCUGAAUGGACAGAGUCUUGUUUACACGCUGGCAUUUACAGAGAAGACACAAAGUGCAUCUACAAGCCCUCUAUGCAAGGCUACUUCUGCAAAGACACAGACCAUGCACUUGUGAUCAUAGAAAGCCUGGACACCGAAGCAGACGGAAGGAGGUUGCCUCCAGUGGUAUCGGUGACUGGCAGUUUUGUGGAGGCUUUCAGUAGUGGAGUUUCACAUGUAUCUUGCUGUCCUUCAGAACAUCCACGGGCUUUCUAUUCGGUCUUGCCAUCCAACAAGCUGACUAAGGUUUGCUUCGCUGGACUAACGCCUCCGAGCUUAAGACUUCGCCUCAUCAGUGGUCAAAACUCUACCAGACUUCUCAUAGCCAUCUUCUAUGAUGAACCCCGUAGCCUUCACGUUUUCAUGAACGGGAAUUACGUUCCACUAGCCUCAUCUUCGUCCAGUGCUUUCUUAACUAAUGCCAUGGCAGGCACCCACUUCUUCAGUUUUGAGAACAACCUUCUCUACAUCCUCCUUCAUGGAGAUGACCCCAUAGAAAUAUACACCAGCUUUUCCCUUCACACUGCUUUUACCAUUGCUGAGACCAUUGGAGAGGAGGGUCAAAGAAGGGUGGUCCAUCGCCUGGCUGAUUUCUUGCAGAUUGGACGGGACCAUGUCAGAAUAGUUCUCAGUGUUUCAGGGAGUGAGAGCAUGUUAAAGGUUAUCUCAGAUGAUGUUGGCAAGAGGAGGCGUGAGUGCCCUCCCAUGACAUCUUGCACAGCCUCUUGUAGCAGGGCUGGCUGGGAGAAAACCCGGACAGGAGCAGCAAGUGUUUGGGUUCUGCAGUCAUCUCAUGCGGCUACUCCAUUGAGAGUGCUGAUCAUUGAAAUUGGAGAGCCACCAGGCCUUUUCAGAAAUAAGUUUGUUCCCUCCUUGUCGAGCGACAGGUUGAAGAGCUUAGCCAGCACUGUUAUCAACGCUCAGCAGACUGGGGAUCUUCAGCGAGCUCUGGAGUUACCAAUUGAUACUUUAAUGGUGACACAGUCUGCUUUGUCAUCGCCACUAGGGGGCAGUGCCAGAAACGGAAGCAGUCUAACUCCUGGAGGCUGCCUGUAUGUGAGGCCCUAUAAUAUCUCUAUCCUGGUGCAGCCCUCUGAUGGAGAAAUGGAGCAAGAGCUUCCUGUUCAGCCACAAAUUAUUUUUUUGGAUAAGCAGGGUCGGAGAGUUGAGACAUUAGGGCUGCCCUCCGAGCCAUGGGUCAUGACAGCCUGUCUCAAGGGCUCUUCGGAGGCUGUGUUGAAAGGGCACACCAGAGUAGAGGUUCGAGAUGGACGGGCUAUCUUUACGAACCUGGCAAUCUCCAAUUCAGGCUCAAACUGGUGCCUCGUUUUCACUGUUAUUUCACCUCCAGGUGCUGACUUCACUGUCGAGUCCCAGCCAUUUACCAUCUUUCCUAUCCCCAAGGGAGGGAAGUCCAUCACGGUCCUUGCUGCUGUGCUGGGCUCAGUGGCUUCAGUGCUAGUUAUGGGUCUUCUUGUAUUCUGCUGGUCCAAGAAAAGCAAAAGUUUCAAAACAAAGAUUGGACAGGCUAAUGUACCACAAGCAAAGAGCAAUAUGAAAUCCUCCCAGAUUCUGCCACAGCAGCGUUCAACUCGUGCCGAUCUCCACCAUGCCCAGGAAGAGAACAAAAGAGACAUUUCUGGGAUAGAAAGAGAUACGGAAGCAAAUGGAGUAGCAGGAAACACAGCAAGACAGAUAAAGGAAUUGCACCAACAGACGGUUAAAGCCAUGUCAGUGCAGAAGAUAAGUACUGUUGAACAUAAGAGGAAGAGUAGAGAGAACUUAUCCAUGGCUAGGAAACAUGACAGCAGCCAUUCAUUACAUGGAAGAACAGCUCUCUGGGGUUCUCUGGAACUUCAGCAGCGUGGUGCCAAGGAGUUCUGUGACUGGAAGGAUACCCAUCAGCAGCUGUUCGCUUGCACCCGCAGAAAAGAGAUGGGAGGAGGGGAGCCUGUGCCCCAGAAUGUGAACAGAGAGAGGCAGGAGGCGGCUGUGGGAUCUUGAGGAGAUGUGUAAGGGAAAGGAUGAGCUGUGGCACCAUCAACAUGAAAUAUUUUCUAGGAGGGAAUCCAUUGGAACAUGGGAACCUGAGAUGCUUCUUCCACUGGUGUGGGCAGAAAAAGCAUGUUAGCCCAUCUGCUCAGCCAUGCAGACCCUCACAUUGUGGUUUUUUUUUUAACUAGGUGAGACUAGAAAAGGCUUAAAAGUGCCCAGGUUGUUACUGGACUUUGAUGGCCACUAACCAUAAAGGAAACAGUGCCUACUUUUAGUUCAGUUGCUUCAAUUUGCUCUAACUCUGCCCAGGCUCAUUCUAGGUCAUCUAGGAUUGUAGAGCUGGCCCCUGUUUUUAUAGGAAGUCCCACAAGUGGUCCUGGCUCUCCUGUAUGUCUCCUCUGAAAGAAGGCAUUUACAGCAACACCAGGGGCUCCCUAUGAUUAUGUUGGGGUGCUGGUCCAGGACUGGCUCAGAGAACAGUCAGUCACAUGUAGACUCUCCCACACUCUCUUCUGUACCACCCCAGGCUCAUAGUUUCAUCGGGACAGAUGCUCAGCUGGUGUAAACCAAUGUAGCUCCAUUAAUGAGGCAGAUCCUUAGCUGACUCAAAUGGAGCAGUGCAGAUUCCCACCAGCUAAGGAUCAGGCCCAUGGAUUUGAAGGCCAGAAGGGACCAUCCUUUCUACCUUCUGCAUCACACAGAUUGUAGAAUUUCACCCAAGUCCUGCAGUGGCCAGAAUUAUUCUCCCUUACUAUGUAAAUGAACAGGAUGGGAUCCAGUGACUUGGGGGCUGAACGAGAAGCUAUCACUUGGAAAGACAUUCACCCGAAAUCCGAUGAUUUGGACACUAUUGCUUUCCGCGUAUCCAACACAGCCUAAUACAGAUGCCUUGACAUGGUGGAAGAAGCAUUCGGCAUACAGUAACUCCUCACUUAACGUUGUAGUUAUGUUCCUGAAAAAUGCGACUUUAAGCGAAACGAUGUUAAGCCAAUCCAAUUUCCCCAUGAGAAUUAAUGUAAAUGAGGGAAGGGGGUUAGGUUCCAGGGAAAUUUUUUUCACUAGACAAAAAACUAUAUAUAUUUUAUAUAUAUACACACACAGUAUAUGUUUUAAACAAACAAUUUAAUACUGUUCACAGCUAUGAUGAUUGUGAGGCUUGGUUGAGGUGGUGAAAGAGGGUGGGAUAUUGCCCAGGGAAUGCCUUGCUGCUAAAUCAGUGGUUCUCAAACUUUCGUACUAGUGACACCUUUCACAUAGCAAUCCUCUGAGUGCGACCCCCCCAUAUAAAUUAAAAAUACCUUUUUAUAUAUUUACCACCAUUAUAAAUGCUGUAGGCAAAGCAGGGUUGAUGAACUAGCACUGGGUUGAGCCCUCAAGGGUUAACACAUUGUUAAUGUAGCCUCUCACACAAGACAGCAUGAACAGGAGGGAGGGGAGUCAGCAUAGCAGACAGAGACAGACACAUACCUUGUGUGUGGGAGAGAGAGAAAUGCACACUGCCCCCCUUUAAGUCAGCUGACCCACUCUUAAGUGCAUUGUCUUUUUAAGCAGCAAAGUGGAUUUUGAGUGGAUCAGGAAGUUGAGACAGCAGCUGCUGCCCCAGGCUCUCUCUGUCUCUCUCCCUCUAUGUCCCCACCCUGCUCUAUAUGGAGAAGAAGGGGUAAGCAGGGUGUAGGAGCAGCGGGGAGGGGGACACCCUGACAUUAGCCUCUGCACUUCCCCCAACUCCCUGAACAGCAAGCAGGAGUCUCCGGGAGCAGCUCCAAGGCAGAGGGCAGGAGCAGCACAUGGCAGUGGGGGGAGGGACAGCUGCAAUUGCUAGCCUGCUGGGUGGCUGCAGCACAGGGCAUUUAGGGGAGUGGGGAGCUGAUGGGGGGCUGCUGGUUCACCCUGGUUCCAAGCCCCCACCAGCUAGCUGCAACGGGCUGCUCUUCCUGCAAGCCGUGGACAAAGCAGGCAGCUGCCAAAGGUUAGAAGGGAGCAUUGCACAACUUUAAACGAGCAUGUUCCCAUGUUGAUCAGCAACGAAACAACGUUAAUCGGAACGACUUUAAGUGAGGAGCUACUGUAUUAUAAAUAUACUUCUCCCUUCCCCCCAUCCGUAAGCAACUCUACUCCUAAGUAUCCCAUCUGAACAGUGCAGGUGCAAAAAGUAUGUCAUUACAAAUGUCACAAUGUAUGCAAAUAAUAUGCAAAAGUAGUUAUCUGAAUACUGACUAUAAAGAGUAUGCAGAACUUGAGCAACACAACCUUCUGUCUGAAAAAUUGUGCAUAUCGGUAACACUUAAAGGUUUUAAUUAAUCCUUUAAUUGAAAAUUCUUGUAUUUAUUCCAUAUUUUGUUUAUAGACUAUAUAAUGUCUUGCAUGGCUAGAUCUUUAAGUGCAGUAAUGAGCAGAGAUAAAAACAUAGUUAAGCACAGAGUUGUUCUUAAUUUCCGGCAGGGCUAUGGGUUAACUCAAGUGAAUGACAUUGCCUGUUAAGCUUGUGAGAUAGCAAAAGGAGUGGUAAACAGGAAGCAAACCCUGGAUAAAUAGGAAGGCAUGGAGAGGGGUAAUUUCUUGGUUUUAGGAACGAAGGUACGAUUAGGUGAUCAGAGAGAGGGAAGAGAUGACUGUAGGCAUUCAUGAGCCUGAAUUAAGUUUGAUGUAACUGUAACACCAACAGACCCUGGUUGUCGGGAUUGAACCUGGGACCUCUGCAGCUUAGUGCAUGAGCUAAAAGCCAACUGACUCUUAGCUAAGGCUGUACAGCAUAUUCAUUAAUCUCUCUCUCUAAGUGGUUUUGGUGCCGCUAGAUGGGACAGAACCCCACACCCAGGAGGUGUGUGAGUUACAUAGCACCAGUUCUACAAUUGAUCUUUAUAAAUAUUAUAGCAGCAGCCCCCGGAAACCUCAGCUGAGAUUGGGACCCUAGUUUGCUAGGCAUUGCACAGACAUAAUCCCUGGUCUGAAGACCUUAAAUAGACAAAGGAAGCACUAUCAUCCCAGCUUUACAAGGGAAAAACUGAGAGAUCAAUAGACGUAUCCAAAGCCACACAGAAAAUCUGUGGCAGAGCUUGGAAUUCAACCCAAAUAUCUUGAGGCCUAGCCCAGGGUCUUAACUCAAUGAGGAAGGAUGGUCCAGUGGUUAAAGUGCUAGCCUGGGUUGUGGGAGACCGAGGUGGAAUCCCUGCUCUGCCCUAGACUUCCUGUGUGUGACCUUGCGCAAGUCACAUAGUCCGUCUGUGUCUCAGUUCCUUAUCUGUAAAACAGGGAUAAUAGCCCCUCCUUGCCCCCACGGGUGUGUUGUGAGGAUACAUUUAUUACAAUCUGAUGAGCUCAGAUUGAUGUGCUAUGGUGAUGGGGGCCAUAUAAGUACCGAGCAUAGAUGGGAUAAGAUCAUGCUUCCUCUCACUGACUCACUAUCUGUGGUACCUGCAUUUAUGAUAUGCCCUUCAUUGUGGUAUCUUCACACCAAGCACAUAAAUAAAAGUCCCAUUGAAUUCUGUGCAAACAGAUCCACCUUCUGUGCUUGCCUUUUGCCCCAUUAAUUUUUGGUGUGCAUUAAGUAUACAGGGGGGAAAUGCAGGGAACAAGGACAGACGCAUUUGGAGCAUCAACAGAGAAGGGAGGUGGGAAGGAAAAGGUUCCACCAAAGGGAACGCUGAAGGAAUGGUUAGCGAGGGAGAAGGAGAACCAGGAAAGGACAAAGUCACAGCAGCCAAAAGAAGAGGGAGUCGCAAGAAAAGCACCAGCUGUUGUGUCAAAGGCAUUAUGGAGAAUGAGACUAGAGGGAGAACCUUAGGCUUGGAAGGAAGAGGAAACAUCAUUAGAGACUUCUGGGAGGGCAGUCUUGGUGGAGCGGAGAGGACAGAUGCCAGAUUGCAGAAGAUGCAGGAGUGAGUUGGAGGAGGCAAGACCCAAGUGCUGAGGAGAAACCAGCCCGCUCAUGAAGCCUGGUGGGGAGGAAGAUGUGGGCAGAAGGAGAGAGAAGCAGGGAGGAGUAAAGUUUUUCUUAGAGUAGGAAAACAGAAGCCAGCCUGACCAGAGAAGAGAGCUGGGAGGUGACUGUGCUGCACAAGUUGAGGUGUUGGGUCUGGAGGGGAUGGGUCAAGUUGAAGGAAGAUUCUGAAGUGAGGUUCAAGUAGCUAAGGCUUCUGGCCCAACUGCAGGGAAUUCUGUUAUGAGAGCCUCUGGCCUUCUCUCCACUAGGACUUUCCCUCCCUUGCAGCACUAGUGUAGACAAGGUGCCAGCAGGGUUUUAAGCUCUUUUGGAAAUUUAAGCUUAAGAGAGCUAGACACCUCCUGCCGUUGAAUUUUAAUGGGAGUUUGGCAGUUAACUCCUUUGACAAUCCCAGCCUUAAGCAUCACAGCCUUCUCUGAGCAGGGUUGGAAGACCUGGGCUGAAAUCCUGUCCCCAUUGAAGUCAAUAGCAAAAUGCCCAUGGGCUUCAGUGGAGCCAGGAUCUCACCCAUGGAGAAUAAAUAUAUCUGCAACUACUUGGAGCCCUGUGGCCACUAGCACUUGAACACACACUGUUGCAACCAACAAGGUAGCUGAACUGGUGUGUUAGUUUAGCCCACAAUGCCUGGCCUGUGAGAAUCCCAGGAUGCUGCUGUGAGCAAGUUUUCUUUUGUGGCAGUGGGUUUUCCCUUCUCCCCUGACUUCUGAGGUGGAGAGGGAGCUGUGUUCCAGACAAAUUAGCCUAUGGCUUUGGGCCAGAGUUGAUGAGACUUCACCAGGAUACAGGCACAGACUCGUGGAGAGAAAAAAAAAGAGAGAGAGUGAGCCUGUGGAAAAUUAAAAUGACAAGG